AUGAGUUCGUGCAUGGUUCGCGCUGUGAAGCUCGCAGGGGCCUUCCCACCUAGGAAUGCUUCGCCUUGGAGAAAAUACCACACCGGCAUGCGAGUCGACCCAGAGACUGAUGCCAUUGGAGCAACUACAGCCUUCGUGGAUGAGGAACACGGAGCCUACUUGCAAGACCACAAGCUGUCGGAGUACUUCAAGGCACUGUUGACUGCCCUUCUACGGCAGAAGCCGUGUGAUCCAUAUGCGUGGAUGCUUGGACAGCUCCAAGGCAAGAUCGUCACCAAAGCUCCUUCGACGAUUGCGUCACUGAGGCACAAGCCUUCUUUCGAAGGUGGCGCAUGCGUCAUCACAGGCCCGAGUGGAGUUGGCAAGUCCACGCUGAUCAAGAAGCUGAUGGCAGAGUUCCCCGGACAGUUCGGAUUUUCAGUCUCACACACGACACGAGAGCCUCGUGCAGGGGAGGAGGCUGGAAUAGACUAUCACUUCGUGGCACGUGAUCAGAUGCAGCGAGACAUAGAAGCCGGCCUCUUUGUGGAGCACGCAGAGGUGCAUGGCAACCUGUAUGGAACCUCCAUCGAAGCAGUGCAGGCCGUCACUCGCCAGGGAAAGGUAUGCUUACUUGACAUCGACGUGCAAGGCGCCGAAUCUGUGCGCCAGUCUGCGCUGGCAGGUACGUGCUCCUUCGUGUUCUUUGCACCGCCGACGGCAGCAGUUCUGGAGCAACGGCUGCGCGGGAGAGGGACUGAAACCGAAGAGAAGAUCCAGAAGAGGCUGUCCAAUUCCUUGAAGGAGCUGGCAAUCUACGAAGCAAAUCCCGGAGCGUGGGAUCUAACUCUCCAAUGGUACAACGAGCAAGUAGAGGAUGCAUACCAGGAGUUUCGAAGUUUUUUGGCGGGCCAACUUCCGAAAGUUGCAUCACCUGAGCAGAUCGCCACUGUCAUCACAGGUCCGAGUGGAGUUGGCAAGUCCACGCUGAUCAAGAAGCUGAUGGCAGAGUUCCCCGGACAGUUCGGAUUUUCAGUCUCACACACGACACGAGAGCCUCGUGCAGGGGAGGAGGCUGGAAUAGACUAUCACUUCGUGGCACGUGAUCAGAUGCAGCGAGACAUAGAAGCCGGCCUCUUUGUGGAGCACGCAGAGGUGCAUGGCAACCUGUAUGGAACCUCCAUCGAAGCAGUGCAGGCCGUCACUCGCCAGGGAAAGGUAUGCUUACUUGACAUCGACGUGCAAGGCGCCGAAUCUGUGCGCCAGUCUGCGCUGGCAGGUACGUGCUCCUUCGUGUUCUUUGCACCGCCGACGGCAGCAGUUCUGGAGCAACGGCUGCGCGGGAGAGGGACUGAAACCGAAGAGAAGAUCCAGAAGAGGCUGUCCAAUUCCUUGAAGGAGCUGGCAAUCUACGAAGCAAAUCCCGGAGCGUGGGAUCUAACUCUCCAAUGGUACAACGAGCAAGUAGAGGAUGCAUACCAGGAGUUUCGAAGUUUUUUGGCGGGCCAACUUCCGAAAGUUGCAUCACCUGAGCAGAUCGCCACUGUCAUCACAGGUCCGAGUGGAGUUGGCAAGUCCACGCUGAUCAAGAAGCUGAUGGCAGAGUUCCCCGGACAGUUCGGAUUCUCAGUCUCACACACGACACGAGAGCCUCGUGCAGGGGAGGAGGCUGGAAUAGACUAUCACUUCGUGGCACGUGAUCAGAUGCAGCGAGACAUAGAAGCCGGCCUCUUUGUGGAGCACGCAGAGGUGCAUGGCAACCUGUAUGGAACCUCCAUCGAAGCAGUGCAGGCCGUCACUCGCCAGGGAAAGGUAUGCUUACUUGACAUCGACGUGCAAGGCGCCGAAUCUGUGCGCCAGUCUGCGCUGGCAGGUACGUGCUCCUUCGUGUUCUUUGCACCGCCGACGGCAGCAGUUCUGGAGCAACGGCUGCGCGGGAGAGGGACUGAAACCGAAGAGAAGAUCCAGAAGAGGCUGUCCAAUUCCUUGAAGGAGCUGGCAAUCUACGAAGCAAAUCCCGGAGCGUGGGAUCUAACUCUCCAAUGGUACAACGAGCAAGUAGAGGAUGCAUACCAGGAGUUUCGAAGUUUUUUGGCGGGCCAACUUCCGAAAGUUGCAUCACCUGAGCAGAUCGCCACUGUUCGCAACUCUCCUGCCUUCCAGGGUGGAGCAUGUGCCAUUCCCUGA